GUCUUCUGAUAAUCUUUUUCUCUCCUGUUUUAUAGUGACAAAAAUGCUGAGAUUCUUCCGGAGAACGCUUGGGCGGCGGUCAAUGCGUAAACAUGCUGAGAAAGAAAGACUCCGAGAAGCUCAACGAGCUGCCACACACAUUCCUGCAGCUGGAGAUUCUAAGUCUAUCAUCACAUGUCGAGUGUCCCUUCUGGAUGGUACUGAUGUUAGUGUGGACUUGCCGAAAAAAGCCAAAGGUCAAGAACUGUUUGAUCAGAUUACAUACCACUUGGACCUUAUUGAAAGCGACUAUUUUGGACUGAGAUUUAUGGAUUCGGCACAAGUAGCACAUUGGUUGGAUGGUACAAAGAGUAUCAAAAAGCAAGUAAAAAUUGGUUCACCCUAUUGUCUGCAUUUUCGAGUUAAGUUUUAUUCUUCAGAACCAAAUAAUCUUCGUGAAGAGCUAACCCGGUAUUUAUUUGUUCUUCAGCUAAAACAAGAUAUUCUCAGUGGAAAGUUGGAGUGUCCCUUUGAUACAGCAGUUCAGUUGGCAGCUUAUAAUCUGCAAGCUGAACUUGGUGACUAUGAUCUUGCUGAGCAUAGUCCUGAACUUGUUUCUGAGUUCAGGUUCAUGCCCAUUCAAACUGAAGAGAUGGAGCUGGCUAUAUUUGAGAAGUGGAAGGAAUACAGAGGUCAGACACCAGCACAAGCUGAAACCAAUUACCUGAAUAAAGCCAAAUGGUUAGAAAUGUAUGGGGUUGAUAUGCAUGUGGUCAAGGCUAGAGAUGGGAAUGACUAUAGCUUGGGACUAACCCCAACAGGAGUUCUUGUUUUUGAAGGCGAGACCAAAAUUGGCUUAUUUUUUUGGCCCAAGAUAACCAGACUGGAUUUUAAGAAGACCAAAUUAACCCUGGUGGUGGUGGAAGAUGAUGACCAGGGCAAAGAGCAGGAACAUACAUUUGUCUUUAGACUGGAACAUCCAAAAGCAUGCAAACAUUUAUGGAAGUGUGCUGUGGAGCACCACGCCUUUUUCCGCCUCCGUGGCCCUGUCCAGAAGGGUUCUCAGCGAUCAGGAUUUAUUCGACUAGGAUCACGAUUUAGAUAUAGUGGGAAAACUGAGUAUCAGACCACAAAAACCAAUAAGGCAAGAAGAUCGACAUCCUUUGAAAGAAGGCCCAGCAAACGGUAUUCUCGACGAACUCUCCAGAUGAAAGCAGCUACAGCAAAACCUGAAGAACUCAGUGUUCGCACUGUUUCAACUCAGAGUAAUGGCUCCCAACAGGCUUGGGGUGUGAGAUCUACUCUGCUUGUGACGCCACCCAUUCCCUCUGGUCCCAUGCUGGUGGAGAUAGAGAAUCUUCCAAGGAGUCCUGGAACAGACCAGCAUGACAGGAAAUGCUUGCCUCUGAAUAUUGGUUUGCUAGAUAGCCCAACCUUAUUGGAAACAACCACUGAUGAUGUCAUUGGGGCUCCUGACACUGUGGAAACAUCUAAAUCACCAGGUGAAAUUAACAUAGCCCCCAGGCAGACUGGAUUAGAGGAACCCGAAGUUGAAGGCAGGACAUUAAAAGAUGUGUCGGAGAAGCUGAAACACCUUGAGAUGGAAAACAGUUCAUUGCCGUCCCCUCGUCCCAACAUUAAUGUUAACAUCAACAACCAGGAGGAAGUGGUGAAGUUGACUGAGAAAUGUCUUAAUAAUGCCAUUGAGAGCCCAGGGUUGAAUGCGAGGAGGGUCCCUCCCGACUUGAAGAGUAACAUCCUGAAGGCUCAAGUGGAAGCAGUGCAUAAGGUUACAAGAGAAGAUAGCCUGUUAAGUCAUAAAAACGCCAGUGUUCAGGAUGCUGCCACAGACAGGUACAGUUCUGGUGUCCUGCAGCAGUGGGCACACUGCGCCUGGUGCUUGCACACUUCAGGGAUGCGGGAGGGCUGGGAGAGCGCGCCGCUGCCUCGGGACGCCCUGGCCCCAGCGCGCGCCACGCCUGCGGGCGGCGGUUCUGCCCUAAAGGAUGCUACAGAUGAAUUGGAUGCCUUGCUUUUAUCUCUAACUGAGAAUCUAAUUGACCACACAGCCACACCUCAGGUACCUCCAACAUCCACGAUCACACCCCGGUGGAUUGUGCCACAGAGCAGUGUCCUUUCCAAUGGACUCCCAGGAAAUGGACGGUCCCUGGCGGGGAAGGAGGGCCCCGGUGGUAGAGACGCGAUCUUGCUGAUCUCUCCCCCUGCACCAUUCUUGGUGGAUGCUGUGACCAGCUCUGCUUCAACUGUGGCCGAAGAACCCAUGGGGAAGCAGAAGUGUUUACUGACAACUGAGCUCUAAGGGAUGCCACCUCCUCGCCUGUGACUGGAAUGCCGAGCUCUCUCCAGCAGCCUGUCUUGAAAUCAGUUUCCACCAAGUUGGGUUGGAUUCAGGAGCUUGCCCUGUACUUGGGUAAAAGAGUUUGCCUAGAUUUGACUUCAGUUCCAUGAAAAAGCAGCUACAUUUUCCCUCCAACUGGAAGAGUUUAAUUACACUGCAUAUUUUCUCAAAUGAGGAUAUUUGGUCUUUUACUUUCUUUAAUUUUAUUGAAGUUUUAAAUUCCUGGAACUAGGGAAUUACUUUCCCUGUGGUGUUCCUCAAACUCUUGGCUCCACCUAGUGGUAGUAACUGUUCAUGAAGCCUCAGUAACGAGGCCGUCUCUGGUAGUCAGUGUUAUUUCUCUCCAGUGUCAGGUGAGUGGCCUUAACCUGUUAGAGAAAUUGCACUUUUCUCUGCAUAACCUGGAAUUUAGGAAAUUAAUAGGACGUUAUGUAGGUAGAUGAAGUGCUAGCUUUUUUUGUGUUUUUUUUUUACAAUAAUUACAAUACUAAAGAGAAGUGUAGAACACAGAGGGUUUUCAAAUGUUGCCCAUACUUUUGAAUUCUUACUGGACUGGCUCUCUUAAUACUCCAAGCUUACAUCAGGGUAAGACAAGCCUGGAGAAGAGCUACAGAGAAGUCAGCUGCCUGUCGUUUUCAGUUCGGCCUUCCCACAGGAAGCAGUUGUGCACCACACACAUUUUCUGUAACUGUUCAGCCUGGAAGGGCAGGGGUGGGGUAAACCCGGGGUGUUGCCUGCAGGCUCUACACCUCUUCCUGGGCCUGAUGGGGUGCAGCCCACAGACUCGGGUAAUGAAGGAGCAGCACAGCUCUCUCGGCUGUCACUGCUCCACGCAGGUACCUGUUGGGACAUAGCCCCCAUUUCCUUUCAAUAUAAGCUGAAUAAAUUCAGGGCUUGUAAACUGAAGAAAACAAAGCAAAAAUCCCAGCACAGAAACAGGGAUUCGGCGGGGGAGUUGUUUCUUGAACAAAUUCCAUGUCUGAAACUAUAUGCAACAGAGAGAGAACUCACACCCCACAUUAUGUUAGGAAUUUCAUGUUAGUUUUUAAAAGUUCUCUUGGAUUUCCUCAUCACUUUUGGUCUGUACAAAAAUUUCUGGAUGUUAAAGCAGUACAUGUUCAUUUAGAAAACAGAAAAACGUCUAAAAAUAACCACCUGCAACUCCAACACUCAGAGCAACAGUUUAGCUGUAACCUUUGGAAGACAUAGGUUAACCUCCGGUGCUGCUGGCAUGAGACAGAUGUGGAAACCCUGCUGGUAAAGGCGUCAUUAGUCCCGCUGUCAGGGGUGAUGGUAAACUAUACCUCCUGGAAUUUGUUUUGUAGUUUUCUGCCCUGUGAUGUGCAUGUAACUAAGUGCUCAUUUGUGCUGCUCUGCAUGGUCAGAUCUUUAAAACACAUGGUUGGGACUGUCCUGAGCUAAGGGAAACAUACCAGCGUCUGACUGGAAAGCUCGGGAAUUCUAAUCUGCUGUUUCCCACUGAGCCCUAGAGAUUGGAAACUGCUUUUGCACAAAACAGUUUUGCCCGAAGGAAAGAAAGUUGGCGCUUCUUGCUGGCUGCUUCCCCUUAGGCGUUGUGCUAGGCUUGUGGAUUGCAUUGGUGGGGCUCUUGCCAAUUCUUAAUUGUAAACAAGUUUUCUUGCAGCUGAAGUGACACCUAGAUGGAGGGGCUUGCCCCAGGACAUAUUGACCUGGACUCAAAGUGUCCGCAUCCUGACAGCCCUGCAUGUACUCAGGUUCAAGUUGUGCCUCGGACCAUGGACCAGUUAAGGCACUGCUAGCUGGGGAGGCCUGCAAUUCCCAUCCAGUUUGGAAAGUAGCACUGUCCUCAUUUUCAACUUUCUAAUAUUUAAAGAUUAAGUUGUUAAAAA